AUGAAGAAGGGAUGUUUGGAAUCACACGAUGGAACUCUGCUGAAGAUGUUGGAACAGAUUGCGACCCUUGUUGUCCUCGUACUCUCUCUAACACAAGCCUUGCACAUUAGCAAUGGCCCUCAAAGCAAAAUUACACACUUAGACUGGCCAAAGGACUGUGGUGUACCUCAGUUCACGCCGAAUAUAGUCGGGAGGAUCGUAUCGGGGAAUGAGGCACGUCCACAUUCCUGGCCGUGGCAGGUCUCUUUACAGGUGCGCUCCAGGGGGAGUAGGUCCUACAAACAUGUUUGUGGUGGAACUCUCAUUCACAAACACUGGGUUCUGACGGCAGCACAUUGCUUUCAAAAAGGCAAAGCAGAGGAUGCUGGGAAUUGGCGUAUUGUACUCGGUAAGCACAACCUGAACUGGACUGAACGGACAGAGAAGAUCUACCAUGUGAAAAGAAUCUACAAACAUGAACACUAUCGCUACCCACGCCUCAACGAAAUUGAUGAUGAUAUUGCUAUGGUCAGAUCAGCAGUAGACAUUCCACAGACCAACUAUGUCCGAUAUGCCUGCAUACCUGAGACUGCCAGGCAACUGCGUCCCGGGCAUUUGUGCUGGACCACAGGCUGGGGUGCCACCAGAGGACAAAAGGAAAACAUCAUAUUAUCUGAAGUUCUGAAUCAAGCCAGGCUGCCAAUCAUUGAUCACCAAACUUGCAAAAUGAAAAAAUUCUGGGGGGACCGAGUGAGGAACACGAUGAUCUGUGCCGGUUACAAGGAUACAGAGGUACCACCAGCUGCUUGCCAGGGGGAUUCUGGUGGUCCUCUUCUCUGUCAGCUUGACUCGCACAAGUGGGAAGUUCAUGGGGUGGUCAGUUUCGGACCUAUUGGUUGCACAGUUGAGAACAAGCCGAGCGUAUUUACCAGAACGACUGCCUAUCUCCCUUGGAUUGAGAAAACAAGGAUUCGGGACUAUUUCUUUGACUAAAGCCAAGG